CCCUCCUGCUGCCCCCGGCGCUGUCCCCAGCGCUGUCCCCGCCGUCGCCAUGGUGGUCACGCUGGGCUACUGGGACAUCCGCGGGCUGGCCCACGCCAUCCGCCUGCUGCUGGAGUACACCGGGACCCCCUACGAGGAGCGGCAGUACAGCCCCGGGCCAGCUCCAAACUUUGACCCAAGCGACUGGACCAACGAGAAGGAGAAGCUGGGCCUCGAUUUCCCCAACCUCCCCUAUCUCAUCGAUGGCAGCACCAAGCUGACCCAGAGCAACGCCAUCCUGCGCUACAUCGCCCGCAAGCACAACAUGUGCGGGGAGACGGAGGAGGAGAAGCUGCGCGUGGACAUGCUGGAGAACCAGGUGAUGGAUUUCCGCAUGAGCCUGGUCAUGGUCUGCUACAACCCCGACUUCGAGAAGCUGAAGCCGGGGUACCUGGAGCAGCUGCCGGGGAAGCUGAAGCUCUUCUCCAACUUUCUGGGGGACCGCAAGUGGUUUGCGGGGGACAAGCUCACCUUCGUGGACUUCCUCAUGUUCGACGUGCUGGAUCAGAACAGCAUCUUCGAGCCCAAGUGCCUGGAGCCCUACAAGAACCUCAAGGACUUCAUGGACCGCUUCGGGGCCCUGGAGAAGGUCGCUGCCUACAUGAAGUCCAGCCGCUUCCAGAAGAUGCCCAUCAACAACAAGAUGGCCAAGUGGGGCAACAAGAAGGAGUAGGGGUGGGGGGCUUGCCCCCCCCCCAUAGUGGGGCUGGGGGGCUCCGUAGGUGUGAGGACCCCAAACACAAUAAAUUGUGGAGAUCCAGCA